AUGUCCAUCUCCUUCCCCAAGGAAGAGGAGCGCAUCCUCGCCCUCUGGAAAGAGAUCGACGCCUUCCGCCGCCAGGUUGAGCUUUCUAAGGGCAAGCAGCCCUACACCUUCUACGAUGGCCCGCCCUUUGCGACCGGCCUGCCGCACUACGGCCACUUGCUCGCAUCGACCAUCAAGGACAUUAUUCCGCGCUACUGGUCCAUGAAGGGUCGCUAUGUCGAGCGCCGCUUCGGCUGGGACACCCACGGCGUGCCCAUUGAGCACGAGAUCGACAAGAAGCUGGGCAUGAGCGGCAAGGAUGCCGUUGAGAAGCUGGGUCUGGCUCAAUACAACGAGGAGUGUCGCGCUAUUGUCAUGCGCUUCGCCGCCGAGUGGCGUCAGACCAUCGAUCGUCUGGGUCGCUGGAUCGACUUUGACAACGAUUACAAGACCAUGAACCCUCAGUUCAUGGAGUCCGAGUGGUGGGUUUUCAAACAGCUGUUCGACAAGAACUCCGUCUACCGCGGCUUUAAGGUCAUGCCGUACUCGACCGCCCUCAACACCCCGCUUAGCAACUUCGAGGCUCAGCAAAACUACAAGGAUGUCCAGGACCCCGCUGUCGUCAUCUCAUUCCCUCUUCUCGACGACCCCAACACUGCCUUCCUUGCCUGGACCACCACCCCAUGGACCCUGCCUUCGCACACUGGUCUCGCUGCCAACCCCAACUUCGAGUAUAUCAAGAUCCUCGACGAGGCUUCAGGCAAGCACUACAUUCUUCUCGAGUCGCUAUUGAGGACGCUCUACAAGGACCCGAAGAAGGCCAAGUUCAAGAUCGUCGAGAAGAUUCAGGGCAAGGCGAUGGAGGGUUGGAAGUACGAGCCACCGUUUGACUACUUCAAGUCCGAGUUCAAGGACUUUGGUUUCAAGCUCUGCCUCGCGGAUUACGUUACGGCCGACAGCGGUACCGGUAUUGUCCACAACGCACCUGCCUUCGGUGAGGACGAUUACGCCGUUUCGCUCAAGGAGGGUAUUAUCAACGAGACUCGCCCGCCGCCGAACCCGGUCGAUGACACCGGCCGCUUCACCGCCGAGGUCCGUGACUUCGUUGGCCAGCACGUGAAGGAGGCAGACAGAGCUAUUAUCAAGCACCUCAAGGCUGCUGGACGUGUCGUCGUUGACAGCCAGGUUACUCACAGUUAUCCUUUCUGCUGGCGUUCCGAUACCCCGCUUAUUUACCGCGCCGUUCCGUCGUGGUUCGUCAAGAUCCCGGAGAUCAUUCCGGACAUGCUUAAGGGCAUCGAGGAGUCUCACUGGGUUCCCUCCUUUGUUAAGGAAAAGCGUUUUGCUAGCUGGAUUGCCAAUGCUCGUGACUGGGCUGUUUCCCGCAACCGUUACUGGGGUACUCCCAUCCCGCUCUGGUGCAGUGAGGAUUUCAAGGAGAUUGUCUGCGUGGGCAGCAUCCAGGAGCUGAAGGAGCUGAGCGGCUACGAGGGCGAGAUCACCGACCUCCACCGCCACCACAUCGACCACAUCACCAUCCCGAGCAAGCAGGGCAAGGGCGUUCUGAGGAGAAUACCCGAGGUCUUCGACUGCUGGUUUGAGUCGGGCAGCAUGCCUUACGCUUCUCAGCACUACCCCUUCGAGAACCAGGACCACUUCAAUGCUUCUUUCCCUGGUGACUUCAUCGCUGAGGGUCUGGAUCAGACUCGCGGCUGGUUCUACACCAUGACCGUUCUCGGUGUCCACCUCUUUGGCAAGCUUCCUUUCAAGAACUGCGUUGUUAACGGCAUUGUGCUUGCAGAGGAUGGCAAGAAGAUGUCGAAGAGGUUGAAGAACUACCCUGAUCCCUCCAAGAUCAUGGACGAGUAUGGCUCUGACGCCCUUCGUCUCUACCUCAUCAACUCUCCUGUCGUGCGUGCCGAGCCUCUGAGGUUCAAGGAGGCCGGUGUCAGGGAAAUCGUCUCCAAGGUUCUGUUGCCGUUGUGGAACAGCUAUAACUUCUUCGAGCAGCAGGUCGCUCUGCUGAAGAAGGUGGCAAAUGUUGACUUCAAGUUCGACCCCAAGAUCCAAGAGACGAACACCAAUGUCAUGGACCGUUGGAUCCUGGCCAGCUGCCAGAGUCUGCUUAAGUUCGUCAACCAGGAGAUGAAUGGCUACAGGCUGUACACUGUCGUCCCGAGGUUACUGGGACUCAUUGAGAACACGACCAACUGGUACAUCAAGCUCAACCGUCGCCGCCUAAAGGGCGAGUAUGGUAUGGACGACACCAUUCACGCCCUGAACACCUUGUUCGAUGUUAUCUUCACCUUGGUCCGUGGCCUCGCCCCUUUCACUCCUUUCCUCACCGACAACAUUUAUCAACGCCUUCUUCCCCUUAUUCCCGAUCACCUGCAUGCCGAGGACUCACGCAGUGUCCACUUCCUUGCUUUCCCCGAGGUUCGUGAGGAGCUCUUCGAUGAGGUUGUCGAGCGUCGCGUUGGCCGCAUGCAGGCCGUCAUUGACCUGGGCCGUGUUUCGCGCGAGCGCCGCAACAUUGGUCUCAAGACCCCUCUGAAGACGAUCGUCAUCAUCCACCCAGACCAGCAGUACCUCGAUGACGUCAAGAGUCUCGAGGGCUACAUCUGCGAGGAGAUGAACGUCCGUGACCUCAUUCUCUCGGCCGAUGAGGACAAGUACAACGUCCAGUACUCGGUCUCUGCCGACUGGGCAGUUCUUGGCAAGAAGCUCAAGAAGGACGCCGUCAAGGUCAAGAAGGCUCUUCCGUCGUUGAGCAGCGAUGAUGUCAAGGGCUACCUUAAGACCGGCAGUAUCACUGUCGAUGGCAUUCAGCUCGGCUCUGAGGAUCUCCUCGUCAAGCGUGGUCUUAAGGAGGACGGCGCCUCCAAGGCACAGGAGGUCAACACUGACAAUGAUGUCCUCAUCAUCCUCGACUGCGAGACCUACCCCGAGCUCCAGCAGGAGGGUAUCGCGCGUGAGAUCAUCAACCGCGUCCAGCGUCUGCGCAAGAAGGCCGGCCUCGUCCCUACCGACGAUGUUGGCAUGCAGUACCGCAUUCUCGGUGACCCGGAUAAGGUCGGCCUCGAGGGCGUGUUCGAGAGCCACGCCAGCCUUAUGGAGAAGGCGUUGAGGAGACCACUGGACAAGCACGUCAUCACGGAAGUGGAGGGCCAGGGCCCGGAGACGGUGAAGAGCAGCGAGCUCAUCAUGGAGGAGGAGCAGGAAGUGCAAAAGGCAACGUUCAUGCUUAGAUUGGUGAAGUUGUAG